AUGUCAGGUUUCACAGAGUGGGUAUAUCUGGUUCUGACUGUUACUCUGUUCCUGUUUGGGAUGCUGGGGAAUGGCUUUAUUGGGUUGGUCAAUGGCAGCAGCUGGCUGAAGAGCAGGAGGAUCUCUUUGUCUGACAUCAUCACCACUCUGCUGGCUCUCUGCAGCAUCAUCCUGCUGUGGACUCUCUUGGUUGAUGUUUGCUUAAUGCAGUUCCCUUUCAAGACACAUGAUGAAGUGAGAAUGAAUCAUAUUCUUGGGAUUUUAUGGGCAUUCAUGCAUCAUCUGGUCCUUUGGCUUCUGGCCUGCCUCAGUAUCCUCUACUGCCUGAGAAUCGCCAGUUUCUCGCACCCCGCAUUCCUCUGGCUCAAGUGGAGGGUGUCCCGGGUGGUGGUGUGGAUGCUGCUGGGUGCGCUGCUCCUGUCCUGUGCCAGGGCCAUGUUUUUGAUCCAUGAACUUAAGAUCUAUACUGUUUUCUUUGGAAUUUACGAGAAAGGAAACACGACGGAGAACUCUAACAAGGGAAGUCAAUAUAAACUGACUCAUAUUCUUGGAACUCUGUGGGACCUCCCUCCUCUGAUGGCAUCUCUGGUCUCCUACUUUCUGCUCCUCCACUCCCUGAGGAAGCACUCCAGGCAGAUUCAGCAAUAUGGUAGCAGCCCCAGAGAUCCCAGCACCGAGGCCCACGAGAGAGCCAUCAAGAUCAUCUUUUCCUUCUUCUUUCUCUUCCUAUUUUUCCUACUGGCUCUUAUAUUUGCAUCAUCCAGGCAUUACCUCCCAGGAGCUGAGAGGAUCAAGAUGAUUGGAGUAGCAGUUGUAAUGUUUCAUUGUGUUGGUCACUCAUUUAUUCUUAUUUUUGGGAACAGCAAGCUGAAGCAAUUGUUUGUGCAGAUGAUGAGAUGUCAACCUGCCAUCUGA